UUCUUUUUCCAGUUGGGCGCCAGUAAUCACCAAUCACGCAGCCUUUCAUUUCACCCACAUGUGAGUCAGUCACCAUCCUUUGGGCACCAUGGUUUCCGCUGCCUACAAUGACAGCCAGCAAAACCAUCUUCCAAAUAUCAGGUUUCCCUACUACCUAGCCAUCACCAUGUCACCCACACAGGCUGAAGGUGAACGGUUUAAGCCGAUUAGGGUCGCAUUUAUUUAUUUUGUGAAGCAAUGAACAUUAACUUUUUGAUAGAAUGCUUGAAUGGGCGCCUCCUCUUUUUUGAUUUGUAUUGCUUAGUUAAAUUAAUGAAUUUAUGAAACUCGUCAAGAGCAAAAAUGUGGGUGCACCGAGCGAAGCCUCUUUUGCAAUUACAAACCAUAAGCAGAUGUUCGAGAUCGCCAUGCUACAUUUUCUCUUUGCUUUCUUACUCUGACGUUCCUCACAAGAAGACCCCUUUACAGGAGACUAGAAUGAGAGACAGGUUUACACUCUAUGCCAAAGGAGGUGAUGGUGGUAAUGGCUCCACCAGUUUUCGCCGUAGCCGCCAUGAUCGUCGUGGUAAAGCUGAUGGUGGAAAUGGUGGAAGAGGUGGUGACGUGAUUCUAGAAUGUUCUACUGCAGUUUGGGACUUCAGUGGCCUGCAAAAUCAUGUUAAUGCAGGUAGAGGUGGACACGGAACCUCAAAGAACAAGAUAGGAACUCGUGGAGAAGACAAGAUUCUCCAAGUGCCUAUUGGUACUGUAAUUCAUCUUAAGAAGGGUGAAAUACCAUCCAUGGUUGAACAUCUUUCUUCAACUGAUUUGGAUCCUUGGGCUCCCGGUACACUUGCUAACGAUGAAUCUGAAGUUGAUCAGCAAACUGCCUCCAAGAACUCAAGUAUGGCCGAGAAAGUCAAAUCAGUGCAUGUUGCUGGUCAGUUAUUAUCUUGUACUGAAAUAACUGUGGAGCAAUAUUCAUUAGAAAAUGGAAUGACUGUGGACCAAUCAAGAGGCAUGAAGCAAGCAAAUGGGCCUGAAUCUGAAGCUUUGGAAGAAAUUAGGUAUAAUGUGGCAGAGUUAACAGAGCAAGGUCAGCGAAUGAUUGUUGCUCAUGGAGGGGGGGGUUUAGGUAAUGUAUGUUACCGCAGGUGUCCAAUGAAGCCUAAGACUGCAAAGCAUGAAGUCCAUAGGGAAAGCAUUGAGGUUGAAGUAUCAAAUGAUGAUCGAUCCUCCCUUCGUACUGGUUUGCCUGGUUCUGAAGCUGUUUUUGUUUUAGAACUGAAGAGCAUUGCUGAUGUGGGCCUUGUAGGGAUGCCCAAUGCUGGUAAAAGUACUCUUCUAGGGGCUAUCUCAAGGGCUAAGCCUGCAAUUGGCCACUAUGCUUUCACGACUCUGAGGCCAAAUUUAGGGAAUUUGAACUUGAUGACUUCUCAAUUCGUGGCUGAUAUUCCGGGAUUGAUAAAGGGUGCUCACCAGAAUCGUGGACUUGGACAUGCUUUUCUCCGCCACAUAGAGCGUACUAAGGUUUUGGCAUAUGUCGUAGACUUGGCUGCUGCAUUAGAUGGUAGGAAAGGAAUUCCACCAUGGAAUCAACUGAGAGAUUUAGUCUUAGAGCUAGAGCACCAUCAGGAAGGUCUGCCCAAUCGACCAUCCUUGGUAGUGGCAAAUAAAAUUGAUGAGGCUGGGGCUGAAGAAGUGUAUGAAGAGUUGGAAAGGAGAGUACAAGGCGUUCCUAUAUAUCGUGUCUGUGCAGUGCUGGAGGAAGGAAUAUCAGAGCUGAAAGCUGGCCUUAGAACGCUUGUAAAUGGUGAUGAGAAAUCAAACUCACUCAGUGUAGAAAACAUAAAGUGCUCAUUAGCUGUAAGGAGAGAAAACUCCUUUUGACACCAUUCCUUCUCUGUUCUAGUUUUGCAUCUUAAUUCGAUUUUUGUUAGAUAGAUGCGUGCUUCCAUUUUAUUUUGUUAAUUGCUUUUUGAAUAAGUAAACCAUGUCAUGUUUCCUGGCAUUAGGCUCAA